GAAUAUAAGGCUAAAACCGGAAGUGUGGCCGGCCUGUAUCCGAUGGAGAUUUCUAAUGAACCAAAUGGUAUCUGUGAUAACCACAAUGCGAUGCAAGCUGUGAAGAUGAAGCCGUUUGUAUAGGCACUCAGGCCCUCAGAGACAACACGUUGAACCACCUGGUGUGAUAGCAAAUUAAGACUCAAUCUGUCACUUGUUAGUAAACUCGCUUGCAGUCUGUUGAGUCAAUGGUUUAUUCUUCACCUAUUGCACAGGAUCACGCUCUGUAAACGACCUGUUUAGCUAACGCUCCUUUCGUCUGCUGUGCAAUAAACAGUCGGUCUACUCGAUGGUCCCUCCUUCGCUCCGUCGUGCACGGAUCCCCGCUCUCUUCUUCUAGUGAUGGCUGCAAACUUCUGGAAGAGCUCGCACUGUCAGCAGUGGCUGCUUGAGAAGCAGCUGCUUGACCAAGUGCGGCAGGACGACCUCGCCGUUCUCUCCGAGGACGAGUACCAGAAGGUAAUGAUCUUCAUCGCCGGCCUCGUGCAGGCGCUCGGCGAGCAGCUGAAGGUCAGGCAGCAGGUCAUUGGCACGGCGACAAUGUACAUGAAGCGCUUCUACUCGCGCAACUCUCUCGGCAGCGUUGACCCGCUGCUGCUCGCGCCGACCGCCAUCUUCCUCGCUUCAAAGGUCGAGGAGUUUGGCGUGAUAUCGAACAGUCGGCUGAUCUCGACGUGCCAGGCAGUCGUGAAGAACCGAUUUGCGUUCGCGUACCCUCAGGAGUUCCCCUACAAGAUCGCGCACGUGCUCGAGUGCGAGUUCUUUUUGCUCGAGCUGAUGGACUGCUGCCUCGUGCUCUACCACCCCUACCGGCCGCUGCUCCACUACGCGCACGACAUGGGCGAGCCUGAGCGUGUGCUGCCGCUCGCGUGGAAGAUCGUCAACGACUCGCUGCGCACCGACGUGCACCUGCUGUACCCGCCGUACCAGAUUGCCCUCGCAGCGCUGCACAUGGCCUGCGUCAUGCUCAACCGCGACGCGAAGCAGUGGUUCGCUGAGCUGUCCGUCGACAUGGACAAGAUCAUGGAGAUCACGAGGCAGAUCCUCGCGCUGUACACGCUCUGGAAGAACUACGACGAGAAGCGAGACAUUCCGGCCAUCCUCAACAAGAUGCCAAAGCCAAAGACGGCGCCAGACAAGUAGCUGUGCGGGCCGUGUGUGAUUGGUGAAAAUAACUGGAAAAUACCUAGGUAAUAUUUUCGUCUGCUGGGCUUAUUCGGCGGAUGCAGUUGAUGGGUCAAUCGCUCCUGCUGGUGACAUCAUUUUGCAGGUUUUAUCAGAGAUUGUACAUCGCUUAAAAUUGCAUUUACGAACACUAACUGGACGUGUUUAGGUUACGGUUGUAUUUGACUCAUGUUACACAUUGUAACUUUGGCAGCUUGGUUGUCGUAGUUAUGAUAUGCAAUGUUAUUGUGUAUAUAUUCUUUAUGAGCUAUAAAUAUGUCGCAGGGCUGGCAGAGACAGAAUUUCCUGCUGCUAUACAUAUGUCUGGAGAUAGAACCUCAAACAUUCUUGUACUUACGCGGUAGACCAUAACUUGUGUUCUGCAACUAUUAUACGACGCAACUAUUACAUGUUUACUAUGUAAUGUACAUGUCUCUGGUGGCAAGCGCUGUUCAUUCUGAUGCAAGCUUAUACUUAUAGCCAUCCUGUCCCAUUGUUACCCGAUGUAUGCGCACAGUACAUUGCUUUAUUCCUUGAUGUGCAGACUUGUUUUGGACCAGUUUUUAAUUAAUUAUAAGGUAAAUUAUUGAACGGGAGUGAGGUCAGAAUAGUUUACUGACAAUAUCAUCGCGUUAAUGAAAUUUUAAUUUUCAAAGCAAGAACAAUUAUUUUAUAUAAUUGGCAUAAUCUUGGAGAGAAACGAAACUUGACUACAAUGAUAGUAAGUCUUGCAGUGAAAAUGGCUUUGUUGGUGAUUUGUAAAUUGAAUAAACUAUGAUUGAAGUCCUACUGUUAAAAGGU